AUGACAACGGGUCAGAUUGGUGGUUUCUGGGAUGACAAGCCGUGUUUAGAAAAACACGCCUUCGUCUGUGAGAAACCCCGACCGGACAUCACCCCACCCACCAAGCCCCCGACCCCCCCUCCUGCACAGGGCUGUGUUACCGGCUGGUCGGCUCUGCCUCACUUCAGAAACUGUUAUAAGCUCUUCCAUAAUGUGGACUGGUCCAUGAAGAAGAGCUGGGGAGCAGCGCAUGAGGACUGCGUCGCCAGAGGAGCUAAUCUGGUCAGCAUCCACAGCCAGGCGGAGGAAGAGUUCCUGUCUCUGUACAACAAAGGCAGCAGCAAGUGGAUCGGCCUCAAGCACAACCCGACAGAAGGAGGCUACUCUUGGAGCGAUGGCACACCUCUCUCGCACACCAACUGGGGUCGCGGGGAGCCCAACAACCACGAGGGCCGCGAGGAGUGUGUGGAGAUGGUGAGCAACACCAACGGGACGGACUCCUGGUGGAACGAUCUCAACUGUGACGCUCACCAGGACUGGAUAUGCAUGAUUACUAAAGGAAAGAUCCCCGUCCUGCCCCCAGUGCCUCCACCUCCCCUCCCAGCUCCUGACUGUGGCGCUAACCUAGGCUGGAGGAAGAACAACAACAUCUGCUACUACUACAACGACACCGACUUAGUGGACUUCCACACGGCUAUGAAACGCUGCUUCCAGGAGAAGGCCUCGCUCGUCUCCAUCCUCAACAAAGACGAACAGGCAUACGUCAACAGCAUGGUGGGGACAGGUCAGGUGGCUUCAGCUUGGAUCGGAAUGAGGAUGUUUGGCAUCACAGGUGGACAAUACAUGUGGGUGGACUUCUCCCCCGUGACGUACACUCACUGGGGUCCAGGUGAGCCCAACAACGCCAACGGGGAGGAACAGUGUGUUCAGAUGAACCGACAUCAAGGUGGAUGGAACGAUGCCAACUGCGGUCGGGCUGGAGCCGGAUACGUCUGUAAGAAGUUACCUGGAGAUAUCCACACCCCCCCUCCACCCACACAGCCCUGGGAGGGCAACUGCCCUGCAGGUUGGAUGCGUUUCAAGGAUAAGUGCUUCAUGUUUAAAGGGAAGGAAAACGACAUCCAGGCCAACUGGACUUUUGCUCGCGACUGGUGCAGAGAACAGGGAGGAGAUCUGGCAGUUAUUGAUGACCAGUACGAGAAUGACUUUGUUUCAAGUUAUCUGAGGGACCUGAAGCUUCCCACGUGGAUCGGCCUGUCAGAUCUCUUGUUAGAGGAUCAGUACGCCUGGAGUGACGGGGUCAGCCCUGUGCUGUACACCAACUGGAACGACAAGGAGCCCAACAACGCAGGAGGAUCGGAACACUGUGUGGCGAUGGCUCACAACUACCUGGUGAGCGGCAAGUGGAACGAUGACGCCUGUCACAAGGAUCAUAGCUUCGUCUGCUCCAGGAAGAAAUCGAGCAGCAUCGACCCUCCGCCCCCGACCCCGAACCCCUGUCCGGCUGGCUACAUCUCCUGGUAUCUGAACUGCUACAAGCUGGUGGAGGAGCCGGCGACCUGGGACGCGGCUCAGACGGCCUGCGAGCAGCAGGGAGGCAACCUGGCCAGCAUCGACAUGAGCUACGACCAGGCCUUCGUCGCUGGAGUGAUCCUGCAGGGCAAAGCUGACGCCUGGAUCGGACUCAGGCGCAAGGAUGAUGGCUCCUACAAGUGGACAGAUGGCUGGCCUGUUUUUUUCACUCAGUGGGGACCAGGAGAGCCCAGCAAUAUUAUAGAUGAGGGCUGCGUGAGUAUGCACGCUUCACGCGCGUUCCACGGGACCUGGAAUGACACCAAGUGUGACCAAGCUAAACCCUACGUCUGCAAGAUCUCCUCAGAGGAACCGCCGCCGACUCCCGCCCCUGGUGAUGGGAAGUGUCUGCCGUUGUGGAUACCCUAUGGCCGCUACUGUUACUACGUGCACGACGAUCAGCAGGGCUUCUCUUGGCCGGACUCCCUGCACUACUGCCAGACGGUCAAGGCAAACCUGGUGUCCAUCCACAGCAGAGCGGAGGUGGAGUUCAUCAGGAACCUCAACUACAAGAAACAUCACAACGUAUGGAUCGGCCUCACCCGGGACGGCAACUUUGGCUGGGGCUGGACAGAUAAAACGUCUCUGGGCUUCCUCAACUGGGCUCUCGGGGAGCCCAAUGCAGCCUUUCACCCCGGGGAAGUGGGCGAGGAGAACUGCGUGGAGAUGUUCACAGACGGACACUGGAAUGACAACAACUGCCUGCAGAAGAGAAGCUUUGCAUGCCGCCACCGCCAGUACUACACAACAGAUGAUGGCGGCCAACCAGUUAUCCCCACUGAUGGUCCAGGUGUCAACAAUACAGGGGUGAUAGUCGGCGCCGUCGUUGCAGCCAUUGUGAUUUGCAACUUGAUAGCUGGAGUGCUGUUUUAUGUCUUCAGUGUCCGGGGGUAUAAACUGAGCGGCUUGAGCCUGCCAACGAAAACAACCACUCCCAUCGAGGUGCCUGCUUUCUCCAACCCCAACUUCGCUGGAGAAUCGGACACAUAAACCAUCAUUCAAGUUUUGUACAGUACAUUGAAAUGUCUUUUUGUAAACGAAUCAGUGAUAAUGUCCCUUUAAGUCUCCGGAGUGCCAUAAGAUUCAACUCUUGUACAGUAUAUAGUGAAAUACACUUUGUUUCCUGUGUUGCACUUCUGAGUGCAACAAGGCCAGAUUAAUUGAGAAAUGUUGUGCAUGUAUUCACUGUUCAUUUGUACUAUCCUUUAUCACCUAAAUAUUUAGUUUCUUUGAGCAAAAUAAGAGUGAACAGUUUUAAAUUAUGACUUAACAAAACAUUCUUUUCCAGUGUUUAUUCAUCUUUGUACACUGCAACACAAAUUCUUUACAUAUUUCACAAAAAGCAUCCUUCAAAACCUUUUCUGAGCAUUUUUCCAGUAAAUAAUUUGACAAGAAGUGUAAACUUGUUGCAGAGUAAUUCAUAAAUGAAGCAACAACAGGUGAUUGAAAUAAAGCCACAGGUUGGAAAGGACAAGAAAACUGUUGAAGUUGCACUAUUUAUGACCGUGUGUGUGCAGACAACUGUAAGAAACUGAAGCUCAUUUCUAUUGCUGAUCUGUACAUAAAAAUAAUCCCAAAUGGCACCAGUGUACUCGCUC